AGCAGCCGAAGCAAUCAUCAAUGAGUGGAAACGAUACUACGGAACAGCAACAAGCACAUAUAUUAGGAGAACUUAUGGCACAACCUGAAAAUAAAGUGUGUGCAGAUUGUGGAGCAACAGGUCCACGUUGGGCGUCUGUCAACUUGGGUGUUUUUCUUUGUAUGACUUGUUCUUCACUUCAUAGAAAGUUGGGAGUUCACGUAUCGCAAGUCCGUUCAUGUACUUUGGACCGUUGGAGUAAGGAACAACUGGAACGUAUAAAGAACUUGGGAAAUGCUAAAGGUAGACAACUCUAUGAGGCCAACCUUCCAAGAGGGUUCCGACGCCCUUCAUCAGAGGAACUUGAUGUAUUGGAAAGAUGGAUUAGAGAUAAAUAUGAGAAAAAGUUGUUCAUGAAAGAAGAAGAUAGAAAUCGUUUAGAGUCUCAGAGUAGAAUUAGUGCGCAGCGAACUCAAAAUUCAUUUAGAGAGGAUAUUUAUGUUCCCAGUAGACAUUUUGACGAUCGCGACUUGUCUUCUCCAGCGUUGAGAGUGUUAUUGGAAAUGGGCUUUCGAAGAGACGACGCAAUGACUGCACUGAGCAAGUCUCGAGGAGAUAUUAUGCAAGCGGUGGAUUGGAUUUUAAUACAUGGCUCUCAAUCGACGCAGGCUCCUCGUUCUCCUGAAAACCAACAACCUCAUCAUAGAUAUCUUGUAGAAGGCUCUUUGAUAGAUCAAGAAGACUUUGAAACACAAGGCACAAAUACAUCAUACAACAAUGGGACUCUGGAGCAUUCCAAGAAAAAUGUUACCGAGGAAGAAGAGAAUGCCAACUUUGCCAAUUUUGAAGAAGAAUUUGAAGACUUUGUCACUGCGGAACAAAUACCAGGGUCUUCACAACAAGAACAAAACUAUCAACGAGAAGAGAUACGAAACAAAAUUUUGGACUUGUACAAACAAGUUUCAGUGCAACCUGCUGCAAACAAUUCCAAAGAUUCUUUCCAUUAUUUAUUUCAAGAUAAUGAUAGUGAAAAUAAUGCGAGUCAUUUGGUUUCGCAAAGAAAUGAAUCAGUUGAAAUGAAGCCAACCAUGCCUAGUAACUCCACAAGGACCGCUAAUAAUGCAGUAAGGGAACAGACAACUUUCGAUCAACAUCCUUCCAAGUCGGAAGGCUCUGAAGUCACAACAGAUCCCUUCGAAGACUUGUUAUCCCUCUCCAACGCUCUUCCUCGUAAAGACUCCAAUGCUGUGGUCAACCCAACAAGCGACGAUGAUGGUGUCUUCCAAGGCUUUGAUACUUGAUGUAAAUAAAUGUUAAAUAUUGGAAUUCAAGCUAUAUUGUUCUCCUCCUAAAGCGUACAAGAGUGAAG